CAUGCACAUACGUGUGCGUGCACUUGACACCUGUUAACUCUUCUCGGGGUUUGUGUACUGCUGACUGCUUUCUGCUUGGACUACCUUAAAACUCUGACGCCAGGUCGUCAUGGAAACUGUUUUACGCUGAGGGCUCAGAGAGCAGACACUGUGCUAUAUUUAAGAGAUUCUGAACCAAACGAGCAUUAGCCAAAUAGCGAUCGCGCUCCCUCGCCGUUUACUUGGACCUUCGGCGUAAUGAAGCCUAAAGCAGAGAGAGACUCCCAUCACUGUGCACAUCAGCAUUGACAUCAACGCCAUUCUGAUGUUUCUGCUAAUCGCUAAUAGUGGUCAGGUUUUUCCUUUCGUAUGAACAUUCCUUGAGCUGAAUUUUCCUAAUUGAUGCCGAGCCUCCCAUUUCGACCUGAUUGGAUCACGAAUCUAGAGGAAAGGACAAUUUUCUAUUUUAAAUAUUUUUCUUUAGACAAAUAAAGUGAACAUGACAGAGAUGGAAGAUGACCGCCGGUUUCACAAACUGACACAAGAGCAGGUGGAGACCUUGGACCAAGUUCUCACAGAGGUCAUUCCCAUUCAUGGUAGGGGAAAUUUCCCAACACUAGAAAUCAACCCCAAGGACAUCAUCCACGUGGUCAGGGACAGGCUGAUUUUGAAGAAUAUCAAGGUGAAAGAUGUCCGUCUAAAUGGCUCUACAGCCAGUCAUGUACUUGUUAAAGAGAAUAACACCAGCUACAAAGACUUGGAUAUCAUCUUUGGUGUGGAACUUUCCAAACAGGAGGACUUUCAGAUCAUCAAGGAAGUGGUUCUGGGCUGUCUGCUGGACUUUCUCCCUAAAGGAGUCAACAAAGAUAAAAUCACAGCCCUGACCAUGAAAGAGGCAUAUGUACAAAAAAUGGUCAAAGUAUUUACUGAGCAAGACCGUUGGAGCCUCAUAUCUCUUUCAAACAACAGUGGAAAGAAUGUGGAGCUUAAGUUUGUCAACUCUUUACGUCGACAAUUUGAAUUUAGUGUGGAUUCCUUUCAAAUCAUUCUUGACACCAUGCUACAGUCAUAUUUGGAGGCUGAGAAGAAGCUUGGGGUUCAGUCAGCUCUUACAAAGUGCCCAUCCCUCAACUCUGGUACAAUGGGACAUAACAACAAUAAUGACAUCAACAUGUCCUGUGAAACUGAUAGCAUACAGAGUCUCAAUGACAGUGACAGUUAUAGUAAGGUCAAUAUAAGUCAAAAAGAACAGUCUACAUGUUUAGAAAAAGAAACAACUCUUAAGACAGUUAAUAAAGUUGUAAACACAGAGAUAAAUGUGCCUGUGGAGCGAGCUUUAGAGCACCCUUUUGUGGUAGAGGACAAAAAUGACCUUAAAAAUGCAUCUCUGUUUACAGACACACUACCAGAGGAAAAUACAAAUGUAACAGGUAUUGACUUAGGAAAUGAUAAAAAACUGUUUGUGGUAAAAAAUGAAGGAACAAGUAUAAAAGAAAUCACAUCCCAAAAUAAAACACAUAUUAGUACAACAGAUACUAACAAAACAGAAGGGUCAGUCAAAACCCAACCAUGGUUAGAAUUGGUACAAAAAGACUUUUCUUGUCUUUCAACAACAGGAAGCAAUGGUGACCGAUGCACAUUCCAGCCUGCUUCCAUUACGUUUCUUACACAAACUGCAUUAGAAUCAUAUGCUGAGUAUCCUCUAACACCACCUGCUAAGAAAAACAAUCGAAGCUCACAAAUGGUUGUUCUCAAGCAUUCCUCACCUAAACCUCCUCGGAAAAUGUCCAAAAAGACAACACAUGUAUCAUGUUCACCUGAAAGAUUUCUGUCAAAUAAUUCAAGUAUUAAUUCUUGUCAGGUUUUGCAUCCACCAAAAGCUUACCCAAAGGAGUCAUUACCUAUGCAGGUGAAGUUGUCAGGUCUCACCACAAAAAACUUUGAAUUAUCCAGUGCCUCAGAAAGAGAACCAGAAUCUAAACAACUAGACAUUUGUACCGAAGCUUUUGCAGUUGCUACUUCUGAGAAUUAUGUGCAUUCAGAAGAGACAUCACCUUGUACUGGUAUAUCUACAGAGAUAAACCUUCAAUCUCAAGUGCAAAGCUCAGAGCCAGAGACUGGUAAAGCUACCCAUGUCUUUGUUUUAAGUACUAUGUCUGAUCUGAAAAAUCUUCCAACAGAUCAAAACAUGAAAAAUCAGCCUAUUGCUGAGAGGGUCCAGACAGCACCGUGUAAGGAAUUGGCACCCCUUAUUUAUGUAAACUGUCAGCCUUUACCUCAGAUUAAUGACAGUUCAAGCUCACCUACCAAAAAAGAGAAUACUGAGUCUUAUGCCCAAGCUGAUGAACCUUUUUCUACUCAGCACUCAGACAAACUAAAAGAUUGUCCCUUUGAAAUGAUAAAUCCACUGACCACAAACAAUUCUCCUUAUUUGGAAAUGCCUUCAUACUCUGAAGACAUGCCAUCACUCCAGGUUCAUAAAUACCCUGUGCCCUCACUACCUACUCAGGAAACUCUUGUGCAAUUUAUACCAGCUGAAGAAUCUCCAGUACUAAUACCACAUGUUUUAGAACCCCGUGUCUUUUCACCAAAGGCUCAAGGGCUCACAGUAUCAUCAUCACAUUCUACAAAUCCAUUAAAACUUUCCAUAUCCUCAACAGCAAGUCUAGAAUCUUCUGAAGUCUCAGAAACAUUUUUAGAACCAGCUGUAUGUCUGGAUUUCCGAGACCCCUCUAAAAUAUCCCUUAAAGUCCUUCCGCAGAUUUUGGAACCUUCUGCAGUAUCAUCACAUAUGUUAAAAAAUUCAUCUGGCCCGACUUUGCUUUCCAAAAGCUCAGAUCCAUCAAUUUUAGACACUAAGGAUCCUUUACUUCCCUCAAAAGAGCUCCCUUGCAUUACGGUAAUGGCUGAGAGCAUGUAUGGUGACUUUGAGCAGGCCAUGGACCACCUGCGGUAUAGGCUAAUUGCAACACGCAACCCUGAAGAGAUCAGGGGUGGAGGCUUGCUCAAGUACAGUAAUUUGCUUGUCCGGGACUUUAAACCUGCCAGUGAGACUGAAAUUAAAACACUGGAGCGCUACAUGUGUUCACGAUUUUUUAUUGACUUUCCUGAUGUGAAUGAGCAGCAGCGCAAGAUUGAAUCAUACCUGCGCAACCAUUUUGUUGGUGAGGAAAAAAGCAAAUAUGAUUACUUGAUGACACUUCGGAGAGUGGUCAACGAGAGCACUGUGUGCCUGAUGGGCCAUGAGCGCCGUCAAACUCUCAAUAUGAUUACUAUUCUAGCACUCAGAGUCCUGGGUGAGCAAAAUAUUAUCCCUAAUGCCAACAAUGUAACUUGCUACUACCAGCCUGCACCAUACAUGGCAGACCACAACUUAAGCAAUUAUUGUGUUGCAAAUGGCCAGUCCCCACUUAUAUACCACCCUUACCCACUACACAUACACAUGCAGACCGGACUAGUUUAGCUCUAGGUAUGUACUGAUAUAUUAAUAGCUGCCACAGGACAAAUCUUGGAGUCUUGCAACCUAAAAUGUCUACUAAAAAAAUUAAACCUUGAUGAUGAGAGACUGCAUCGACAACAAUAAUCUUAAAAACAGCUUCUGUGUUUAACACUUCAUUAAACAAUUAUUUAGGUAGUGAUACUGGAUACAACUACAGUAAAAAAACUGCUUGACAGAAGAUAUACAGAUUAAUCUAGUAUUGGAACAGUUUAAAUAAGAACAUUUAAAAUACUGGUGGUAUUGCACCAACAAAAUUCAUUUCAAUUGAAUGAAGCGUAAACUAUAAAUGUGUCCGAUGCCUUUGAGAAAACGAGAGUGAACAUUUGGAGGAUGAAUGAGUGGAACAAACAUACAAAAAGAGAAAACUAAUAACUCUAGAAAGCAGCAACAGUUUGGCUGGGCAUACUCUUCUCAUAAGUGUUUGCUUAUAAAACCAGCCAGUUGUAAAAAAAAAAAAAUAUAUAUAUAUAUAUAUAUAUAUAUUGUUCUGAUAUAAAAGGUGACUAUUUGCUAUUUUUAAUGCUCUGCUGAUGUAAAAAAAAACAAGACAAAUAAUCAUUAUGCAUCCAGUGCUUUAUGACACAGCAAGGUACUUUUGUUGUCUUAAAUGAUUAAACUAGCUCUUGUACUGUUUAUGCCAGGGGUGGGCAAACUACAGCCGACCAUCACUCUCAUCCAGCCCUAAAAGCAUAUUUAUGUAUAAAAUAUUGCAAUACAAUCAAAGUUGUUAGUCUACAAACUACUGACAUUAAGUGCAAAAAUGAAAUACAAAACAUAAAGAUAAACUACUUCAGCAAAAUACUUCACAGCAUCAGACAGAAGGAGAAAUGUGUGAUUAAGAAGGUAAAAAAGUUUUGCCGUUUUCAAAGACAACCUGUAUUCCUCUGUUUUUAACACAAUUAUUUUUAUGAAGAUUAAUAUGUAAUGCAUUCGAGAUGAUUUGCCCUUAAAAAACAAAGCAUGACUUACCGUGGGUUUACACCAGACGCAAGUUCAACGAUUUGCGCGUGUAGAUUACAUACAAAGUCAAGUCAAUGCUACGUAAACACCAAACGCGAGGCAUCACGUUACUCGCUCUAGAUUACUCGCUGGAUUUAACUUCGUGUCAUGCAAAUUUUUCCUCGAGUUAAAUAUUUUCAACUUGGGCGAAGACGCGUUUGAGGCGAAAAGCACAUGUUUUCGCGGCAAAUGCGCCGCCAAUAUUGCAUCAUUCACUUCGCCCCACGUGAGGACGCGUCUGAUCGCGUCUUUGCAUUGACAUGUCAUCUACUUGUGCAAAUCAUUGAACUCGCGUCUGGUGUGAACCCACAGUUACUGUUACAUAGUACACACAGACAAGGCUUAGCUUAAGCCAGGACUAUGCCUUAUUUAAAUUAGGAUAUUAAAGUCAAUUUUAUAAAAUGCCUCAGAAAAAGCAUUACUGGUUUGCAUCUUAAGGUCAAAACCAGUGCUCGAAUUGAAUCAAGUCUUAUGGGGUUCCCCACCAUGACAUAGCAGCAAACCCAAAAUGGCAACACAUUACUACCUUAAAACACAAAUGUAUGAUUUAUGUAAUACUUCCCAAAAUAUUUUUGUAUAAAGGCUGGAAACUAAUUUAUGAAUCAUUUCAAAAUAUUAAGUUUGACUAGAUGGGACGUUAAUGUGUUAGGCCUAUAAGUGGUGUUUAAGUUGAGUGCAGGAUAGGUGGGGCAAGUUGCUUUCUUUAUUAGUCACUUCGUAGACUAUUAAUUUAACCAUUUUACUCAAAAUAUCUGCUUCAUUCAGCAAAAAGCUGUUCAAAUAGCAAGGCUUUACUAAUAAUAUCAUACCUAGAUAUUAUUAUUUUCAAUGUUUUUGGUCACAAUGCAGUUACUUUUGUUGUCAUGACUUAGCAAAACUUUGCAAUAAUUAGGGGCGAUUCUAUGUUUUUAAUAUUAGUAUGAUUCAGCCUCCAAUGAGGAUGUGAUUUAAAAUUAUAUAUAAAAAUAGUUUGAAUACUACACUACGCUUUAUUAUUUUGCACAAAUUUAGUUUGAUAAACUCCUAAAUAUAAUCAAUCUUAAAUAAGACACAGAGAGCAAAUAGCGCUUUUAGCCACCAUGGCCAGCACGCAACAGCGCAACAUCGAUACAAGGAAAAGCAAUCCAAUUUAAAGGGGACAUUCCAUGAAAAUCAGAAUUUUCCAUGUUUAAGUGCUAUAAUCGGGUCCCCAGUGCUUCUACCAACCCAGAAAACAUGAAAAAUAGCAACCCUGUCACUUUGUUUUGGUAAGGCUCUCUCUGCAAGCAUGUGAAUAAAUAGGUAAUGCGGAUUUCGCUCCCCCCAUGACGUAGGUAAGGGCUCUUAUUAUAAUGAUACCGCCCCUUCAACUGCGCUAUCCAACCAUGACACUACCUCGAGUGGGAGCAACCGAGAGAAAGUAUGACUGACAGCAUGACGCGUUUGUAUGAAGCCUACAAUCAUAUAACUUGUAGUUUUAAUAAUAUUUCUAAAGAUUGAAUUAACGUUCUAAAGGAUUAACCUUACCUUAGUGCAAGAGAGAGAGAGAGCGAGUGAGUGAGAGAGAGAGAGCGAGUGAGCGAACGAACGAGAGAGAGAGAAAGAGAGAGAGCAACGCGCGGUUUGCUUUCCCGUAACGUUAUGUUGUUUAAUAUGUUUCUCUGAAGUUUAUAUGAAUGAACACGAGCAUUUAUGCACUGCACGAGACAGAGUGAGUGAACAACGCGUUUUCACUAUCAUACACAAUAAGUAAAUAUGUUGUUUAAUGUUUCUCUGAAGUUUCAAAUGAAUACGAGGAGUUACAAAAUAGAUGAGAGACUAACAGAAAUGCGAAUGUGUUCAAUAUGUGUACACAAUAAACUUAAACAUGUCAUUUGAUCUGUUUCUCUAAAGUUUAAGCAUUAAACGUGUUGUUUUAUUACAGAUCAUUUAAAUGUGCUCGUGUGGUUUGGUCAAAAAGUAAACUACUGAGUGUUUGUGGACGUGUAUUUUAUUUGUAACAUGCUGAAAAUCAUUGUGCCUGUUUAAAAGCAGCAUGAGACCUAAAAGUCUUUAUUUUUAUUCCACAAUGUUCCCAACUGCUGAUAAACAUGUAUUUAGUAUGCAUAAAACAGAGGAUUGACUUUUUAAACUUGUUCAAAUAUAUAAUGCUGAACAUCGCUCACUAACUUCUUUCGUGAGAGAAUCUUCCUCAAUGCUCUGUCAUGUCUACAGGGCGAGCGCUUGAGACUCCGCCCAUCUGAGAAGCUCGUUUGGAUUUAAAGGGAUACACACAAAAACGGUGCAUUUUUGCUCAGACCCAUAAAGUGCCUAUUUUAACAUGCCACAAUAAAUUACCUAUAUGGUAUUUUUGAGUUAAAACUUCACAUAUGUACUCUGAGGACAUCAAAGAUUUAUUUAAUAUCUUAAAAACGUCUUGUGGAAUGUCCCCUUUAAGGACUUAAACUAGAUCAGAAUUUACCUUUAUAACAGAUAAAAAAUACAAUAAGGUCAGAAGUAGUAAGAUGCAGAACACGUGUGUGCAAUAAAUGCCUAAAGUGCAGGGGAACAAAACACAAGCCACAAAAUAGUUAAAUCAGAUAACCUCGCGUGAUCUAUAAAUAAAAUCAGGGCUUUGAACCAGAUUUCCCAAUUUGUUUCGUUCCGAACAGAAACAGUAUUUUAACGUUUCCGGUUUUCGGUUCAACCCUAAAAUUUAAGUUUCUGAACUGGUUAGAACAAAAAAUAAAGUUCCUGAACUGGUUAGAACAAAAAAUAAAGUUCCUCAACGGUUAAUAACGUUCCAUGUCAGUUGUGGGACAUACCAAUAAGUAGGCUGAUCAUUAGGACAUUAAACUUAAAUUAUAAGUCUACAUAAUUUUCCUUAAGUCUCUAUCUUGUCAUUAAACAUUAAAAAAGGCUACAUUAUGUAAGCGGCAUAACUGUAAUUCUGACAUGCCUACAUUUGUUGAGUGCACUUAAACAUGCACACACACAAGAAAAUGCAGCAUGAACAGUAGCUCCACAUAAAGUAAAACUUGCAUUGUUUCACAGCAGCACAAAAACGUUUUUAAAUAUGAAAGAUUAAAGGAUUGAAGAUUAGUCUCUUGGACAUAAAGGAGGACUAAUUAUGAGACGUUAGAAAGAGCUGCUUCACCUGUAGCCUGGUAAGUAAAUAAAUGCUUUGCUUUAAACAAAUGCAUCUGUUUUUAAAUGUUUUUUUUUUAAAUGCUACCUCACGGAUUUAUAGUAUAUGAUGACUCUGUACCUGUGGAUAUGGUGAGAUGAGAAACAUUUUUAAGUAAUGCUUAAAAAAAACUUGUGACGCUGUCGAAGUGCUGAAACGUGCGGAGUACGGAGAGCCGUUGUAAAUUCUUUAUCUCCUGUUUGUUACAAAUAAAGUAUUUUUAGAGUGCAAACCUUUUCUUACAAACUUGUAAAUUAUUUUUUGAUGAUAUUGGAUAGCCACACAUUUAAAGCAAUUAAAAGCCUGCUUUUUUACUUCCAUGACUAAAAGAAAACGGGUUUUAAAGGUUUUAAUAAAAAAAUAACAAUUUCAAUACAAGUGAAAAACAACAAUUAUUUAACAUUAAUCUUAAACUGGGGAUCUUCUUCCUCCACUUAGUUUUUUAGUUUACAAAGUCCAUAAUCUAAAUAGGAAUUAGACAUAGCGCCAGCGCAACAGCCUUUUAAAGCGGAUAAGAGCUGAGACUCUCAUUGGUUUAUUGCACGUUACGCCCAAAAUACUCCCAUUACUCAUUAAAAAAAUAGGACCAACCCUUUACGACCAUGCGCUUCGGCACACAAACCAUUUUUCCCGUCGUUAAAUUAGCAAAAGUGGAUUCGGACACGCCCAUUUAGACGUUGCGCUGUGCGCUUUAGACAAUGCACUUAGAUCAUUAAAUUAGGGCCCCAAGAGUUCUGAUCUUUGAAUGGCAUAGGGAUAAUCACAUUUAAAUGGAGUUGGACCGGACACAUUCAACCACAUGUGCGUCUGUGCGUAAAGAAAAUGGCUCACUUUAGCGCCUUUUUGCAGUUAAAUUGUUUAAAAUCACUUAAGUGUUUUGAUUUGAUAACAUUAUUGAUCCCAAAGUGACAUUUAGAAUUUAGAAUCAGCAGGAUAGGAAAGCUGAGGAAGCCACCGCCCCUCUUAAGGGCUAAUGGUGGGCGAAAGACAACUUUAGUUGAUAAAGGACAGCCGUGGCUGUGUAAGCAAAGAAGUGCUCUGCUGAGGGAAACGUGGGCUGGUAGGAUUAACCCCACGGAAAAUACUCACAAAGGAACCCCGCUUAUGGGACGCAAUGUGGAGCACGAGCCAGACACGUAGGUUCGUGAGGAUACAGCUAGUGAGAGGCUGACAGCCAAUGCUCCGCAACAUAGGCUGCCAAGGCAGUGGAGGAAGAACAAUUCAAAUCAUUACGCAUUUUUGUUCUGAUGGCCUACUGACACUAAUGUGGAGCAUCAGUCGGAGGCUGCAAGCCGACUUGCGAGUCUGCCCUCUGUGCUCCCCCUGAUGAGGAAAGAAUACAGGCUCGAUACGAACGAACACUGUAAAAUAUAAUGAACGUAUUAGGUGUCGCCCAACCAGCAGCUCUGCAGAUGUCUCUUAGUGAGGAACCACGAGCGAGAGCCCAAGAUGAGGCAAUACUCCGUGUGGAGUGCGCUCUCAAAUUAAAUGGGCAAGAAAUACCCUGCAGAUUAUAAGCCAGGGCGAUAGUAUCAACUAUCCAAUGAGACAUCCUCUGCUUAGUGACAGCUUUCCCUUUUUGCUGACCACCAUAACAGACAAAGAGCUGGUCUGAGGUCCUGAGGCUUUGCGUGUAAUCCACGUAGAGUCGCAGUGUGCGUACGAGGCACAACAAAGCCGUGGUUGGGUCUUCCUCCUCCGGGGGCAGCGCUUGCAAGCUCACCACCUGAUCUCUGAAGGUAGUGGUGGGAACUUUGGGCACGUAGCCUGGUCUGGGUCUGAGUGUUACGCUCCAGACAGCAGGACCAAACUGAAGGCACGAAUCGUCAACGGAGAAUGCAUGUAGGUCCCCUACUCUCUUCACAGAGGCCAAUGCUAGCAGGGUCAGAGAUUUAAUUGCCAAAAACUUAAGACUCACAGACAGCAAAGGCUCGAAAGGGGGUCCCUGCAGGGCUUUUAGCACCAUGGACAGGUCUCAAGGAGGAAUAGAGGGAGGGUGCGAAGGGAUCUGCCGUUAAAAAGCGAGUGAUGAGCAGAUAUAGCGGCGAUAUCGACAUUAAUAGUGGAGGGUGACAGCCUACGCCACGAAGAUAUAAAAAGCACGAUAUUAAUGGGGCAUUCUCGGGGGUCCUCGCGUUGCGAAGAGCACCAGGUGACGAACAGGUUCCAUUUAAGCGCCUAAGCUUGUCUAGUGGACGGCGCUCGCGCUGCAGAGAUGGUGUUAGAUACCGCUUGCAAUAAAUCACCACAACCUACCGCGCGCUCAGCGACCAUACAUGGAGAUCCCACAGGUCGGGGCGCGGGUGCCAUAUUGUGCCCCCUCCUUGAGAAAGAAGUUCCUUCCUCAGGGAAUCCGCCAGGGAGGGGCUGUCGAAGGAGCAUUAAUUCUGGAAACCAAUUCCUGGUCGUCCAGUAAGGCACGACCAGUAAAAGGAUCUCGUCCUGCCUGACCUUGCACAGUGUCUGUGCGAUUAAGCUCACUGGAGGGAAUGCGUAUUUGCGCAUCUCCCGCGGCCAGCUGUGUGCCAACGCAUCCACGUCGAAUGUGCCCUCGGUUAGUGAAUAAAACAGGUGACAGUGGGUAUCAUCUGACGACGCAAACAGAUCUAUCUGCGCACGACCGAACUUCCAAAUUAGCUGAACCAUCUGGGGUGGAGUCACCAUUCGCCAGGGCGCGCAGCUCGGGAAAGCGUGUCUGCCGCUGUAUUGAGCGAACCCGGGAUGUAAAUGGCAUGAAGGGACCUCAGAUGCUUCUGACUCCAAAGGAGGAGAUGACGAGCGAGGUGCGACAGGUGAUGAGAGCGCAAACCGCCUUGACAGUUGAUAUACGCAACGGUCGCAGUGUUGUCGGUGCGUACUAGUACAUCCUUCCCUCGCAGCUCCGUAGGGAAGCGUACAAGUCCCAGAUAUACAGCCCACAACUCGCGGCAAUUGAUAUGCCAGUGCAGCUGGGGUGCUGUCCACACCGGUGUCACAGCUGCGGCUGCUGCCAUAUGCCCCAGGAGCUUUUGAAAACCCUGAUCUCAUCUCGGUUGGAGGGACCGGCUCGAUCGCGUCCUUUGCCAGCAGGACUUUGACUUCUGCACGCAGUACAUGUGCAUCGAACGCUUUCACCGUGGUGAAACUAAUGCCCGAGAAUUUGGGUGUGUGCCGGUUGAAUUGUAUUUCGUAACCGAGGCGGACCGUGCGUAAAACCCAACGAGAUGGGCUGGGAAACUGAAGCCAAGCCCCCAGGGACCGCACGAGGGGAAUUAACGGCACUACCAGUGUACCUGCGGUGGGGCAGUGAAGCGAGACAGGUGGGACUGCCGGUGCGUGUGCUGUGACAGCACGAACAGUAUGUGUGUGUGUGACACUGACCUGAGCCCGCUGAGGGUGAUGGUCGUCUGGUCUCCUCUGCGGAGAGCGCAGACUCCGGUGAGAGUGACUGUCAUCCGGUCUCCUCAGCGGAGAGCUCGGACUCCGAAAGACACCCACUGGCGAUAGAGGAGAGGGAGGAUGAGCAUGUGAAUGCCCGCUCACGUCUCUCUCGAUCCUCUUGAGAAGGAAUAGGAAUGCACUCUUUAUGUGGUUUUGUAGGUGCCGGCUGAAAAGCCGGCGGAACAGAAACAAAACGAAACCAAAGAUUCUCCACCCGGCCCUCCUCCGAGGGAGGGAGCAGUGCGUUCACCGUCUCCCGAAGAGUGAUCCCAUCCGAAUUCAGGUCGCCCGUAUCAGGGCCGCUUCGAUCUCCGUUUGCCAUGGGAAGCGGGUGGGGCGGAGGGCGCCGGAUG